GUGGAGGUCAGGUGGAUGUUAGUAGGACAUUGAAUGUUGUGCGUAGCAGGGAAUAUAGUGUACUUUUCUUCUUCCUGAUUACAUGUGUAUAGUGUUUAUGUAGUACUGUAUAUACUACGUAUAGUACAUAUAGAGUAUACAGGAAGUUGACUUUUCUUCUUCAUGUUUGCACGUGUGCGCGUGAUGGAAGGAAGCAUGGUUGACAACACUUUAAGAUCUGCUUUGCCCGCAGCUUGUUUGUCCUCCGGCAACCUCCAUCCCGUCAGCGCCUCCUCACACGCUCUCUUCCCCGGCGUGCAAGCUCAGCAGGUCGGCAUGAAGCUGGAGGCUGUCAUGGAGAACCUCCAGCGGCAGCAGGCGGCGAGGUUGGCCCUCGAGGAGAAGCUCAGGCAGGACAAGGAGAAAGACCUCCGCUCCUUGGUGGAGACCCAGAUCCACCACCAGGCUCUGGCUUUCCGACACUACCAGGCGGCCGUGCAGAGCGCCUUGGCCGCCGGAGUCAGCUCGCAGCCCGCAGCGGGACAGGACAGAAUCCACCACAGGGACCACAGAGACACGGAAAACCCGGAGGAAGACCUGGUGGGAGACCUGGCGGAAGACUUGGCAGAGGACAUGGACGAAGACGAGGACCGAGACGCGUUUUUGCUCCAGGAAGCCCGUCUUUCAGCGAGGAGCGCCACGGCGGUGACCGCCAGAGUCCCCCCGGCUUCGGCGGUCCACACCCGGCGAACAGACUCUCCACCGGGACCGCAUCAGAACCACGAAUGGACUUACGAGGAGCAGUUCAAGCAGUUAUACGAACUGGAUGAUGACGAAAAGCGCAAAGAAUUUCUUGAUGAUCUUUUCAGUUUCAUGCAGAAACGAGGGACUCCGGUGAAUCGGAUUCCUAUCAUGGCCAAGCAGGUGUUGGAUCUCUACAUGCUCUACAAGCUCGUCACCGAAAAAGGUGGCUUAGUGGAAGUCAUCAAUAAGAAAAUAUGGCGUGAGAUCACCAAAGGCCUUAACCUUCCUACCUCCAUCACCAGUGCAGCGUUCACUCUUCGAACGCAAUACAUGAAGUACCUCUAUCCGUAUGAAUGUGAAAAGCGGGGACUGAGCUCCCCCGGUGAGCUUCAGGCAGCUAUCGACAGCAAUCGGCGGGAAGGCCGCCGACAGAGCUACGGGUCUAUCUUCAGCUAUUCUCCCGUGGGCACCCCGAACCUUCUGUCAUCGCCAAAGAUGCAGCUUUCCCACCUGCCGAUUGCCACUCACAACACUGCUCAUAUCGCUCAGAUGAUCAAAAAAGAGGAUGCCAUGGUUGCCAGCUGCAUGCCAAGCCGAAUGGUCCUCCCCGUGUCUCCCAGCGGCCACCGCGCUCCAUCUGUGGCUGCCCAAGCUGCAGCCGUGGUGCAGGCCGCUGCUCUGGAGCAGCUCCGAGACAAGCUGGAAAGCGAUGAACCUCCGGAGAAGAAGAUGAUGACCGUUGCAGAGGAGCAGAAGAGGAUGAUGCAGCACGCGUUGCAACAGAACCUGCUGGCCAUGGCAACCCAACUGCCUCUCAGCAUCAAACUCAACAACAGAGAUGAUAGACAAGAGACUGCAUUGAACCUGUCUACCAGUGGCAUUAGCAGCAUCAACAUGUCAAUAGAAAUAAAUGGAGUUGUCUACACAGGCGUUCUUUUUGCCGGCCAAGGAAUGACAGCAGGACAGCGAGGCAAACACAGCAACUGUCCCUCUCAGGGGAAAAGCAGUCCCAUGCACUUCCAUCCAUCGUGCUCCUCCUCCUCUUCAUCUUCUUCUUCUUCUUCUUCUGUCCAUACGCACAGGAACUCUGUGUCCUCACCCUGAGAAGAUUAUCUUUUCGACAAAAAAAAAAGCUCCUCUCGGUGGCUUCAAUCCUUUCAUGUCUACUUAGGUCCUGCUUGUAGAACAAUCAUGACUUCAUGGACCUCAAUCUCUACCGAACCAUAGAAACACCACCCAAAUCCGAUUCAAUCUGACCGAGGAAACAUCACCCGAUCUUCAAUCCAACCAAAGAGACGCCACAAAACUCAACCCCCACACAAAAAUAACACAGCCAAAACCCUCAACCCAACCAACGAAACGCCGCCAGAACCUUAACCCAACCCAAGAAAUGCCAAUCAAACUCAAACCUCAACCCCAAAAAAACCAAACAAAUGCAACCAAACCACAACUUUAACCAAAGAAACGCCAAUCAAAACCCUUCCCAACCAAAGAAACGCCACCAUACCCAAAAAAAGAUACACAGACCAAACCUCAACCCAACCAAAACCUUAACCCAACCCAAGAAAUGCCAAUCAAACUCAAACCUCAACCCAAAAAAAACUAACAAAUGCAACCAAACCACAACUUUAACCAAAGAAACGCCAAUCAAAACCCUUCCCAACCAAAGAAACACCACCAUACCCAAAAAAAGACACACAGACCAAACCUCAACCCAACCAAAACCUUAACCCAACCCAAGAAAUGCCAAUCAAACUCAAACCUCAACCCAAAAAAAACAAACAAAUGCAACCAAACCACAACUUUAACCAAAGAAACGCCAAUCAAAACCCUUCCCAACCAAAGAAACGCCACCAUACCCAAAAAAAGACACACAGACCAAACCUCAACCCAACCAAAACCUUAACCCAACCGAAGAAACGCCACCCAAGUCCAAACCUCAACCCCAACAAUGAUGCGUUUGAGUUUUUAAGUCGACCAAAGACACGGCAAAAAACGAAACAUCUACUCCAGCGAAUGAAAAACACUUGAAAAGAAGACAUCUCAUCUGUUAUCACUUCUUCCAGUGAUGGGG